CCUCUCUGUCUAAUCCUCGCCUAUCGAAUCACGCAUAUACUAUAAACUUUCUCAUUAUAUCUCGAAUCUCGCAGUUCAGCCCGACCUCCUCUUCAACAUGUCCGCCACAUCCUCCCUUACAUCUGAAAAGACACCAGAUGAUUCAUCCAAGCUGAAGACGUUUUUGUCCAUUCUCCGAAAGUUUGUCGGAGUGGCUGACAUCGCCUCCGUCCGCUUCUCCUUGCCUGCACAUCUCCUAGAGCCGACGCCCAACUUGGAGUACUGGAAUUACUUGGAUAGACCGGAGGCUUUUGCAAGCAUUGGGCAGUCGGAUGAUCCUCUGGGACGGAUGCUUGAGGUUUUGAGGUUUUGGUUCACCAAGGACUUGAAAUACAUCAAGGGCAAGCCCUGCAAACCCUAUAAUUCCACACUCGGAGAAUUCUUCAGGUGUACCUGGGACGUACAAAGUACACUGCCAGAAGUUACACCGGCUUCCACUUCUAGUAUCAUAGAUACGACUCCCAGCUCGAAGGAAAGCGAUGGCAACCCCGUCAAGGUAUGCUACUUGACAGAGCAGACAUCUCAUCAUCCUCCAGUAUCAGCAUUCUACAUCGACUGUCCAGUGCGAGGAGUGACGGCUCGUGGUUUCGAUCAAAUUAGUGCCAAGUUUACAGGGACCAGCAUACGAGUCACUCCGGGCCAACACAACUUGGGAAUAUUCAUCAAUAUUCAGAGCAGGAACAACGAGGAGUAUCAGUUGACUCAUCCCGCUGCACAUUUAGGUGGAUUGUUAAGAGGAGCUCUGGCCGUUACAGUCUCGGAUACGUGCUAUAUCACUUGCGCUCACACGCGCAUCAAAGUCAUUUUACAGUAUCUGGAAGAGGGUUGGAUUGGCCGUGCUCAGAACAGAGUUGAGGGCGUCAUCUUUCGGUAUGACCCUGACAGCGAUACUAUUACAAGGAUCAAAGACGUACCUCAGGGGGAUAUCCUUGCCAAGAUCAGCGGUUCGUGGCACGGGCAACUUUUCUACACUUUGAGUGGCUCGAACGAUGCGAAUUUAUUAAUUGACAUCGCUCCUCUCUUUCCGGUUGCAAAGACCUUACCGCCUGAUGAGGAGCAGCUCUCCAACGAAUCUCGAAAGUUCUGGUCGGCGGUCACUGAGGCUAUCUUGGACAAAAGAUAUAAUCAGGCAACCAAGCUCAAGCAGGAUAUAGAGGAACGCCAGCGACAAAGGGCGGCUGAACGUCAGAAGAUGAACGACACAUGGCAGCCGCGGUUCUUCACUGGCGCCGUAACGCCUCUUGGUAAGCCUGAAUUAACCGAUGAAGGAAUGAGGGUACUUGAAGGAUUAUAUAAUCAUGAUUACAAGUUACAAGAGGGUGAAACAAAAGGUGCAUGAUCGCUAGAACACCAUGGACUGCCCAAUGACAACAGUUUGGACAACUGGAUACUGUGGAUGCAUUCGCCAUACCGCUUCAAAAUCGAAGCUGUGUUAUAUGUCGUAUGUGUGCCUUCACGUUCUUUGGGAAACGAAGACAAAGCAUAGGUAGGGCCUGUCCAUCGAUC